AUGGACCCAGUGGUAUUGAGCUAUCAGGACAGUCUUUUGAGGCGUUCAGAUGUUGCUCUCUUAGAGGGUCCGCACUGGCUAAAUGACCAAGUCAUUGGAUUUGCCUUUGAGUACUUUGCUGCAGAACGUUUCAAAAGCUUGGGUGAGAGGAUUUGCUUCAUCAGUCCUGAGGUCACACAAUUUAUCAAGUGCGCUUCCUGCCAAGAAGAGCUAGCUCUGUUCCUGGAACCUCUGAGGCUGGAGGUCUAUCAAUGGGUCUUUUUGGCUGUGAAUGACAACUCUAACCAAACAGCAGGUGGCUCCCAUUGGAGCCUGCUGCUGUAUCAACGAGACAGAGGCUGCUUUUCUCACUAUGACUCCCAAAGUGGAGGCAAUUCCCUGCAUGCACAACGAAUUGCCUCCAAGCUUGAGACAUUUCUUUUGGCUGGGAAAAAAGUACCCUUUGUGGAAGAACCAUCUCCCUCACAACAGAACAGCUAUGACUGUGGCAUGUAUGUGAUCUGUAAUGCAGAGGUACUAUGUGAGAGUAUUGGAGCUCAGGGCUCUGCACACCUUCCUAUGGAGACCAUAUCUCCUGCGUACAUCACGAGAAAGAGAACAGAAUGGUGCAGGCUGAUUCAGAGACUUGCUAAGAGCUAA